CCAACACUCGCGCUGCUCUCACCUGUUGCUUUACACACCUAUUUCUUCGUGUGACUCUGAUGGCACUUUGGAAGAGGGGCUCAGCCCUGCUCCGCUCGAACUCAUUGCGGCUCCUCACAGUGCGCCUCCAGCAAUCUUUGCAGUUGAGGCUUCGCUUCCACGUCUUCGCUUCCAAUUUUUCACUUCCAACCUACUGUCACUUCACCUUGUACAAGGUGCACAUUACUUAUUUAGCCCUCGCACUCUGCGACGACCUUUCCCUGUCUGCCCCUCUUGUGUCACACAUGCGAUUUGGACGGCUUGGCAAGAUCUUUAUCGUGCAAUCUGGCACUGAUGCGAGUAUUAUUGAUCCAUCGUCCUAUUCAUUGAUCUCAAUGCCGCACGUCUGCCAAGGUACAGCUUUCUACAGUGUUCCAAGGCUCGACAUUGGCACUAGGUGGGAACGUGGACACUCAUAGACGCCAUGGAAGGGGCUGAUACGCUUUACUGAUCAACUUUUAUAUAGGCAUCCGUUUGGAUUCAGGUGUAUCCUUGAGCUGAAGCACGAAAUUGAGCCUCA